AUGAUCUAUGUCGACGAACAUGGACAAGUCAAGAUCGCAUCCUCCCAGUCAAUUGCGAACUCGGGGAACCAUAUCUUCACCCCAGAGGUGACCGGCCAUUUCAUGGAGAUGAUCGGCUCGAACUCUCAAUCGAUGCAGUUAAACAAUAACCCAGCCCAAGCCCCUCUACCAUGGGGAGUUCAGCCCAGCCCAGAAUGGAUCCAGCCAGGUCAGGCCCGGCCCGCCGAAAUGAUCCCCUGCGAGUUCCAGUCUCAACAGUCGCGACGCAAACGCCACCGUCCUAUGGCCAAGCCUCAACCGAAAUCAAGCUCCCCACCCGCAACACCCACCCCAGGUCGGACGAUCCUCCGUGUAGGAAACCGGAACCUGCUGCGGCAGUAUUACGAGAAGGCGUUCGAGGAAUUCCAGCAACUCAAUUGCCGGGCUAUCGCCAAGUCAUACAUCAAGCUUGUCGAGCCGAGGAAGCAAGUGCAUUUCCCGUACAAUGGGCGAAAAGUCAUUUCAGGUGUCUCGCGUGAUGUUGGUCCUGAACGGACGAAGCCAGCUUGGUGGCCGGAGGGAGUGUUGCACAAGGAGCCGGAUCAUCUUCUCAAGCCUGCUCGUCUUAAACUUCUUGUCCAUAUCCUUUGCGAGCUGAAAGAUAGCCACGGCGUGACGGCGGACAAAUUGCGCGAAGCAGGACAAGAUGUCCGGCGUACGAUUGACCCACCCAGUCGACUACAAGUCUUGGAUGAGAUUUAUUUUGUGCGCCGCAUGGAGGAACAGUACCUAGAUGGGGAGAUUGAUGGAAAUACCUUGGUGGCAGUAACCUACACUCAACUCCCAGAGGCCCUCAGCCAAGAAGGAGAAGAGUUCUUCACACAGACUCAUGUCACCCCCGUGUCAGUCCUGGACAUCAAGCCAGAGCACGACCGCGAUCACCACAGUCUGCCUCUGACAACAAAUGACUCUGCGACAAAUUCGCAAGGUCUGCCUCUCUCGCCCGCCACAAGCGACUCAAGCGGCCCGCACAGCCCCGGCACCACCGACUUCAACUCCUACACAGUCAACAUGGGCCAAGCAGCCAUGCCGCAAGGAUCGCCGACUGCACAUAAAUCCAUGCCCCCGCACCCACACCCCAGCUACAUCCCUUCAUACUACCCACAAGAAUUUAUCCCGGCCCAGAAACCUGCUGGCGAGUACUGGCCUGAUGUUCCCGCCCUGCCGCCACCCUCGCAGUAUGGCUACUGA